AAAUGUCCUUCCGAAUCGGUCGGCGAUGUUUUAGUAAACAAUCUUAUGAUGCUAUCAUCAUUGGCGGCGGACACAAUGGUCUUACAGCGGCUGCCUACCUCACAAAAGCCGGCAAAAAAGUAUGCGUCCUGGAACGCCGCCAUGUGGUCGGCGGAGCCGCUGUCACAGAGGAAAUCGUCCCUGGAUUCCGAUUCUCGAGAGCCUCCUAUCUUUUAAGUCUCCUGCGGCCUGUUGUUAUGCAGGAGCUUAAUCUUAAAAAGUUCGGGCUCCGUUAUCACAUCAGAAACCCGAAUUCCUUUACUCCAAUCCGAAAUACUCAUGAAAGUCUGCUACUUGGAAUGGAUAUGGCUGAAAAUCAGAAGGAAAUCGCAAAGUUCUCACAGAGAGACGCGGGAAAUUACCCAAAAUACGAGCAUUUCAUAUCAGAAAUUGUGCAUUCUUUUGAGCAACUUAUGGAUUAUGAGCCACUGGAUCUACAGAAACCAAUUCACAAGCUUCUUCCGCACCUUUACCUGUUGUUCAAGACCGUACAGCCAUUGGGGUUGCGGAAUGCCGUAGACUUUUACGAAUUGAUGACAGCGCCGAUCUCGAAAAUUAUGAACAAGUGGUUUGAGAGUGACGUGCUGAAGGCGACGUUGGGAACCGACGGUGUUAUUGGAUUGGCCGCGAGUCCAAUGGAUCCUGGAACCGGAUACGUCCUACUCCACCACGUCAUUGGAGGACUUGAUGAGCACAAAGGAGCCUGGGGCUACGUGUAUGGUGGUAUGGGCGCUGUAUCCAACGCCAUCGCCGAAUGUGCCAAGAGCCAUGGAGCCGAAAUCUAUACGGAGCAAGACGUUCAAGAGGUGCUUCUAGAUGGAAACGUUGCUAAAGGAGUCCGUCUGUCAAAUGGCAAGGAGCUCCAUUCGAAGAUUGUCAUGUCGAAUGCGACUCCUCAUGUAACAUUCAACCAUCUUGUCAAGAAGGAGUCACUUCCAGAGGAGUUCCACCGAAACAUCAAUCAAAUCGACUACACAUCGCCGGUGACAAAAAUCAAUGUAGCUGUGAAGGAGCUUCCGAACUUCUUGGCCAAACCGAAUCAAGGAUCAGAGCCAAUGCCACAUCAUCAGACGACGAUUCAUAUGAACUGUGAGAAUAUGCAAGUGGUGCAUGACGCGGUGAUGGAUUAUAAGAACGGGAGAUAUAGUAGAAGACCAGUCAUCGAGAUGACAAUUCCCUCUUCAGUCGACCGAACCAUUGUGGAUAGUGCUGAUGGUCACGUCGUCCUCCUCUUUACCCAGUACACUCCCUUCUCACCGAAAGACGGUGAAUGGACGGAAGAAAAGAAGACAGAAUACGCGAAACACGUCUUCUCGGAGAUAGACGCUUAUGCACCGAACUUUUCAUCAAGUGUCAUAGGCUAUGACAUCUUGACCCCACCCGAUAUUCAGAACACUUUUGGGAUUACUGGAGGGAACAUCUUCCACGGAUCUAUGAGCCUUGACCAGCUGUACGUGUCCCGCCCGAUCAGCAAAUGGAGCAACUACUCAACGCCCAUCGAGUCCCUCUACCUCUGCGGAAGUGGUGCUCACCCGGGAGGUGGUGUGACUGGAGCCCCCGGUCGGUUGAGCGCACUUCAUGCCCUCAAACAUUUCUAACGUUCUAAGUCUCUUCUCGCGGUUUUUUAUUGUUUUGUUUGUCUUGCGCCAGUGACUCAUAAAAACAUUUCCAACACCAUGAUGUA